AUGGGUAUCCGAUGCAGCUGCUUUUGUGGCUCUAAAGCAAGGACCGGUUCUUCACUAAAAGCCUAUGCAGCAAAUUGCUUGAUGCCAAUCGAUGGCAAUUGGACGUCGUCGACGCAGAUCUUGACCGUCAGUAGAAGAUCCUCCGGUGAAAUGCUCUCGAUGAUCUUGGUGGAGAAGUUCUCCCUCUACAAAAACCCCGACAGGGCUCACAUCCUUUCUUUGACGAACUUCGGGAGCCCAAUGCUCGCCUUCCAAAUGGUCGUCCACUGCCACCACUUUUCAACUUCAAACAAGAAGUGA